AUGGAGGCGGAUAUGAUGCGUGACGCGAAGGGAAAAUGGACACGAAAUCGACUAGCAUCAUGGGUCAACGGCACAAUCUUCGUUCCAAAGAAGUUAAGGGGUAUUCUGAUGGGAAUCAUAUUUAACUCUACGAUUGGGGAGGUUUGCUGUUAUAGACUUAUCAAGCAGGAUAUAAAAGCUGGCGAACUUCCAUUCUACACUGCAGAUAUGAUGAUAGUGAUAUUCGCUAUAUUUGAAGCUGUGGCAGCGCCAUUAGUAUCCUGGUGGGGUUUCAGAAAACGGCAAAUGUUAUUGACUUGGUAUACAGUAGCCGCUUUUAUAUGUUCUCUAUCCUGGUUCUUUUUGCCGGAAAAAUUGGCGCGACAAGAAUCAGGUGUUUUGCUAAUGGCUCGAGUUUUUCCAUUUUUCCUCGGACACAAAACAUUAACAGGCCUUGUGGAAAGUAACAUUAUCCUCCAGAUUGUUCUCAUAAUGAUUGGAUACGGGAUGAAUUUUGUACAGAUGCCCUGUGCUGUACCAAGAAAUGCACCGAUAGUUGAUGGAGAGCAAACUAUACUAUUGUCUUUGAAUGAUAGAGGUUUUUGCAAGAGUAUUGGUCGCGUGUUUUACAACCCAGUAGCAAUGACUCUUAUGUUUUCAAUGGCGCUCACAACAACAUCUCUCUGGGGAUAUGGGUAUUAUGAGCUUGAUGUUAUCAAGGUGAAAUUCAAUUUGCUUCCACACACAACUAUAUAUGAAUUCUUCAGUGAAAUCGGGAUGUGUCAUUUCAUUGCUGUUGUUGUUGCGUACGGUGGCGUCGUUUUCUCAGCUCCAGUUUUAAUGGAGUUUUGCAAAUUAAAGGCGCUCAAGCAGGCAAUAAUAAUGAGUGUACUGAUGUUUGCGGUUUACAUUGCAAUGACAGCUAUGCCUGGCUGUGAUACGGGGAAUGUGGCGGGAAUGGAGAAGGGUACUUAUGGUCAUCCGGAGUGUAGUCUUUCGUGCAACUGUAAACCUCAAUGGAAUGAGUACAAGCCGGUGUGUUCAGUGAACGACAUGGUCACCUACAUGUCCCCGUGUCACGCUGGUUGCAGUGAGUCACAGGAAAUCAAUGGGAUUCGGGUGUACUCGAACUGCACGUGCGCGGGCGGCGGCCACGUGCUGGAGCACGCGUGCGGUGACGCGCCGUGUCGGAGCGCGCACCUCCUGUACAACUUGCUGUAUUUCAUGCUCUUCACCCUCGCGAUAUUAGCGUUUCAAGCUCAAGGUGUACUUUUGCUGCGGGUCGUGGACCCGCGCGAUAAGUCCCUGGCAAUAGGCGUAGCGUGUUCUAUUAUCGCCAUCAUGACUUUUGUCGUUGGACAGUUAUCCUUUUAUGGACUUCAAGGUGCUGCUUUAAAUAGAGUAGAACGUUUUAAGUAUCUGGGUCACUGGGUUUCGGACAACCUCAGCGAUGACGAGUAUUUGGAGCGAGAGCGCAGGGCGCUGGCCGUGCGCUUCAACAUGCUGGCCCGAAGGCAUAUUGCCAAUUCUUCUACACCUGCAGCCUUUGGGUCAGGUAUACGCAGCUAG